GCUAAAUACAAUACAUGCUACAUGCAAUCAGGACUGUAAAACAUAGAAGUAUACGCAUAGUGUAUGCACCGUGUUAGUGUACACAUACAGUGUAGCCCAAUAGAAUGAGCCGCAGUUGACGAAGAACUGGGGAUACACAUACUCUAUCCGACCUUUAAGGCCAAUAAUUUGUAACCACGCAUUUUAAUAGCCAAUAUAUAACACUUAUUGUUCUUAAUUCGCGGGACAUUAUGUCGACUUCAAACCCCGUAGCGCCCGCUGGGUAUGGCAAAAUGUUAGGUGGGGAUGCUAAUAAAGACGAAAAAAAGAAGGUAGAGAAAGACAAUCUGAGCAACAGUGAUUUCAGGAAACUCAUGAUGACCCCAGCCGUAGGUGGGAAAAGCUCUUUUGACAGUUUUAAAGCGCCGCUGGCUAAAACCAGCGGUGUUAGCAUUAAGGGUGUGAGCGCAAGCAAGCAAAAAUAUAAGGAGUACUAUAAGCAGAAAGAAAAGGAGAAGAAGGAGCACGAUGCAAAGUAUAGGGAUAGAGCGGCGGAGAGGAGAAAGACGGAGGAUGCGGAUGUAGUGGACGACCCGACUCAGGAGCACAGCAACUACAACAUGUUUGGUGCCGACGGCCAGUCGGCCACCAGCGCUGAGCUGCGUAACGCUGAGAUUGAACGCACCCGAUACUUGGGAGGUGAUGUGGAGCACACGCAUUUGGUGAGGGGUCUGGAUUACGCGCUAUUGCAGAAGGUGAAGUCUGAUAUAACGCAGGAGGAUGAAGGUAAGGGCGAGGAUGGAGGUGACAGGGCCGCCGAGACGAAAGGCGUGGAUGCCGAGGCUGUGCAGGUUAAAAGCGCCAUGGCCAGAAAUCUCAUGCGCACUGCAUUCGACACCACGAGCCGGUACCGAAAGAACGAGAGCUUUCGGCCCGGCCGAAUGGCGUACAAGUUUACGUUGACCUCAGUGUACGGGGGCAUGGAGAAUGACAUCCCCACCACCCUGCUGAGAUCGGCUGAGGAGAUGAAGGGGAAGCAGAAGAUCACACAGACCACUACGAAUGACCUGGUGAUUGAGAAGUUGGCGAGUAUCUUCCUGGCCGUGAGGCAGGGUGCACGGUCACUGUCUACCAAGGAGGGCAAGCAGAAGAAGAGUAAAGAUAAACACGGGCGUGAGCGAGGCAGCAAGCACCCCCCCAACGAGAAAGCCACCGCACACACCGCUGCGGUCAAGUCUGCGGAGGAGGACGACGAAGACAUCUUCGCUGACGUCGGGAAAGACUACACCCCAUCACUCCCCACACCCACUGUAGGUAGACCCAGCGUAGGUGGGCCCAACCCCAACCCCGCGCAGAGUAUUGGGGCAGAAAAUGGCCCCAAAACAGAGGCGGGACCGGUCGGGCCGAGUAUGCACCCGUCGCGCAUGAAGUACUUCCAGGGGUCAGCGUCUAGUCUGGAGACGCAGUUACCAGUAAACACAGGUGUAGAUGCACAAGCACAUGUGAACACUCAGGGCGCAGAGAGUGAGGCGGAUCCAUAUGCGCCGACACGGCCUGUGGUGGAUGAGGGGGAUGACUCUGUGACGGGGGCUUAUGGAGAGGAGUCUGUAACGGCUGUCUACGGCGACAUGCAGGUAGACGCCGAUGACGCCACCGCCCCCGACGGCAGUGAUGACGUCACCGCCCCUUACGGCAGUGAUGCCGUCACCGCUCUAUACGGGCAGAAGGAUGGGGUGACGGCUGCCUAUGGGCAGGACGAAAGUGUCACGGGUGUGUACGGAGAUGAUGGUAACUACGGGUACGCCCAAGCCGCGCCCCCGUCACCUGCCCAAGCGCCUGAGCCGCAGUUCAACUACUCGUUCACCAGCCAAACCGCACAGUCACUGGCCCAUGUACAGGCACACACCACACAGGCACAGGCACAGGCCACUCAUUUGCCACCUAUGCCCGUACAUCACCAGCACCGCCGCAAGCCACCCACCUCCAGCAGGUAA